GAGGGUUCAUUACAAGACAUUUUCUCCGAUGUUGACUUAUAAGAAGCUGUUUCUUACUCCGAGCUAAAUUGUAUGUUAAUGUUAGAGUUGGACCCACCCAGGCAGCAGGGAAGAUAGGUUUAAAGAUACUGAGAUCUGAGAUAUGGGAACAAGAAACUACAGUCUCAAUCUCGUCUGGUGAUCAGAUGAGAUUAGUUAGGCUUCGGAUCCUAGAUCUCUUGAAGUAGGAUAACGUGGAGAGAUAUAUCUCAAGGACUAGACGAUGCAGUUCUUAAACUUUGCAACAAGUUUCUCCAAAACCGGAUCAAUAUGAAGAUUGGUUCGGAGAAGGGUGUAGAGGAAGUCAUUCGAUCAUCCAGUUUUUGUCCCCUGACAAUUGGGAAAGUGCGAAACCUUGCUCCAUGUCUCUCCUGAACCUAUAAUCAGGUUGAGAUUAGAAGAGUUUAGCUCAGGCAUGGGUUGGAGAGAAAGGUUUUUACAGCUCCGAUACUUGCAGUGGAGCACCGCUAAUAAAUCACGACUUUUCUUCCGUCGCAUUAAACGAUCCCUGGUUCCUAUUACAGAUCUUGUCUCCAGGUCCCACGUUCAGUACCAAUCCGUAGACUCCGUGCAUCAACCUAACUUCUUCACGGAGCAAGCCUCACCAAUUCUUGCCACGAGAGAACGAAAUAAUAACAAGAAAGUGAACGAUUUUACUCCGGUAGGACGACACCGUUCUCCGGGAAGGGACUUUACCAGUAAGGUUGAGUUAAACAUUUCUCCGGUUGGGUGCGAAGUAAGGAUGGAUCCGCUGUAUGAAGCGGAUUCUGAUACAGAGGAUGAUCCAACUAAACUUCUCAAUCAAUGGUUGGGAGAACUUAAUACUCUGAAGAAGGGUUUGGAUACAGGUUCUAGUGGAGAGACGAACUCCUCCUCUCCCCCCCGUAUCCCGGAGAUGACCCUGAAAGAGAAGAAGAAACAAUACAGAUGCUCCCUAAUCAACCUUGAUACGUCCCAGGACGAUGAACUCGACGCAAUUCUUGGUGAGCUUACCGUUCUAGAAUCACAAUUUGAUCAAGAAAUUGUGGCGGACAAACGGCGCAGUGUAGAGGAGGCUCGGCGGAGGAAAGAUGAUGAAGGAAGUCCAGUUUCUCCGGCGGAAUCCGACCGAUCUAGCAGUAAUAUCACAGAUCUUGGAAUACACAGCAACUCACAUUCAAGAUCCAGCUCCGGCUCCGAUGAAAUAAAGCAGGCACAACUUCGUAAACCCGAAGGAGGCGGAAGGACGGAGAGUCCUGAUACAGAUUCAGCGUUCUGCGACAAUAUGUCCAUCCUGUCCAGUUGCAGUGCAGCUAGCAGUAACAGAACAGGACAAUCCGUUGGAGUACCCAGCUCUGUACACCAGCUCAGCAAAGAGGAGCAGGAGGCUAAGAUCAAAGCGGAGAAGAUCAAGAUUGCAAUUGAGAAGAUAAAGGAAGCAUCUGUAAAAAAGCUGUUUAUCAAGGUGUUUACUAGUGAUGGUUCAGCUAAGAGUCUCCUGGUGGAUGAGAAGAUGAGUGUGGCUCAGGUGACCAGGAUAUUAGCUGAAAAGAACCAUGUGUCUCUGGAUCCUAAGUGGGCCCUGGUUGAGUUGGUUCCUGACCUAUACAUGGAGCGGGUGUAUGAGGAUAAUGAGUAUCUGGUUGAGAACUGUCUCCUAUGGAAGGUUGACUCCAAGAACACUCUCUGGUUUAUAGAACGUCCUGAGAAGUUUGACUUAUUUCUCCGUCCAGAGGUUUAUCUUCUGGAAACCUCGUCCUCCCAACGGGAUGAUCAGAUGGAGGAGCACUCCAGACAAGAACUUCUUGAAGAAUAUUUCUCCUGUAGUGGAGUCGGAGCUCCUGAAGUAGAGGGAAAUAUCUGGCUUAAGGCCGACAGUAAAAAAUCCUGGAAAAAGUUCUAUUUUGUUCUACGCACAUCAGGACUAUACUAUUCCCCCAAAGGAAAGAAAACGUCAAAGGAUCUAGUCUGUCUUACAACAUUUGACGUAAAUCAAGUUUAUUACGGAGUAGGAUGGAAAAAUAAAUACAAGGCUCCGUCAGAAUUCUGUUUUGGAAUAAAGCAUCCUCAGAUUCAGGCUAAAAAUCCUAAAUACAUAAAAUACCUGUGUGUAGAUACACAGAGAGAGCUGCAUCAAUGGGUGACAGGGAUACGGAUAGCAAAGAAUGGGAAGAGUUUGUUUGACAAUUAUCGAGGUAUUGUGGAGGAGAUUACACAUGCUGAUAUAGACAUACUCACAUCCAAGCGUUUUUCUGUGAAUUCCACGAACGGUUUGCAAAUUCCGCAAAAUUCCGGGGACAAGAACGGAGGGGAGGGAAUACAGAGUCCAGCUAGAACUCCUAGUUCGGAGAACAAAAGUUUAGCAAGUGCUCUCUCUAGUGGAAUAGAAUCGGAUAUGUCUAGCACUAGUUACAAGAAUGGACAGAACGCACUCCUGGACGGACUAAAUCAAAUAGUAGAGGAUACUCACACGGAGCCUUUGGAUCGAGUAUCCGGGCUCACCCCUGUUGGCACCCUGGAGAGAAGUUUUAAGCUCCGACGAUCCUUCUCCCGUUCCUCCAGGUCCUCCUCCAGUAGUGGGUGUCUCAGUGAUAAGUCUGGUGCGGAGUUAGGGUUCGAAAGUGAUUUUCCUCUCGGAGGAACAAUAAAGAAACGUCCUGCAGCAACUCCUCGUCUUCCGCUGACGACGACGACAUGGGGUCUAGUCCGGGAGUCGGACCAGGACGAAGAUGAGGGAGACGGAGGAGGUGUAGUAGGACUAGGAGCAGGAGGAACCCUGCUACGGAAAGCUGUGAGGAACAGUUUAUCCAGGAAACCUCAAGAACAUGACAAGGAAAUUGAAUCGUGCAGGGUUGACGGAGAGAGCGUUCCUCCCAACAGACAAACAGAGAUAUCUACUGACAACUAUAGAGAAGAUCCUCUUAGUUCAGCCUUUGAAAGAAGCAUAUCUAGCAUGUCAGAAGAGGAAAACCUCCCCCUUCCUCCCCCACCCAGGAUGGAUAGUAUGACUAGUUUAAACGACAUAGAUCAGCUCCCCCCUCCUCCCCCAGAUAUGUGCUAUGAACCAAACAAAUCCUUUAGCUCGAACCACUAUCAUGUUUCUCCAGUGACUAGCCCAACUGUACACUCACGAAGUUUGGUUACACAGUUGAGUUUCUCUCCUAAUCCCGUAAAUGGAUUGCCUCCUUCAGGACCUGGUAAUAAACUCCCCACGUCUCCUAAACCUGCAGGAUCGUCACUAGCCGGUAAAAAACCUGUAGUGCCACAUAAAUCUAGUCGAAGAAUAUCAUUUGAUGAUAAUGUUCAGAUGAUAGAAGCCCCAUCAUCAACCCCGGUUAAAUACAAUCCUCACUUUUCUCCUGGACCUCCUUGUGAACCAUUUAAUCAACCUUACUCCGAAGCAUUCAGAUCAGAAACUCCAGACAGAUUUCACUCACAAGGAGGGGUUUCUCCUGCUCCUUAUCCUAAACCCGCAGCUAAAUUUACUCCAACCCCACCAAUUCGCAACUCUCCAGGUAGAUUAACCUUUUCCUCUGAGGAGAGUCCAAACACGGAUAGUCUACCCAGAGCCUUUCUGAAAGAUCUUCAGAAAGUAAUGAAUAAGAAGUGGCAGGUUGCGGAGAAAUGCAGGACGGAGAAAAAUACAACUCCUCAUGAGGUUUUAGGUUUUAGAGAUGAACCAAUCCAACAGAUUGGACAACCAGGCCUUUACAGUCAAAACAGUGCCAUAGGAGCCUGGGUUCUCAACUCCCAACAGUUUACAGACGACGAUAUUCAAGGUGAAGAACAUUCAUACUCACAUUAUCAGCAGUACAACCACUACCAGCCACACCCUAUCCCACAUCAUCAUCAUCAUCACCAUCAUCAUCCCCAGUUUCAGCCCGGACAGGUGUACUCUGAGAGCUGCUAUCCAAAUAAUGAUGAUUAUGGUCACGUAUCCCGACCCAUUGACCAUUUCUCUGAUCCUAAUCAGUUAAGAGAAGGGAGUAGACCUGUCGUUCUCAUUGAACCGGAACCAAACUAUGUAGAUCCAGGGCACAUGCGCGCAAACAAGGUUAAACGCCCGCCACCACCGCCGCGGCGGAGUGAAAAUACGCAAUUAACCGCUGGAUCUUUCUGAGAAAAAUUAAAGUAUUUACUCAAUUCUCAAUUAUAAUGUAUAGACUUGAAAUUGUUCCGACGGAAACCUCCUGAAACGAAUAUCUGAUAUUCUGAAACCAGAUGAGAUGAUGUGCUAGGUGAAAUAUAUUAAAA